AUGGCGUCCCCGGAUGAGCCCUCCUCCGAGGCGGCCAGCUCUGCGGCAAGCGCAGCCGCAGAGAGCGAGGGAGGCGGAGCACGCCGAUCCGUCGCUUCCUGGGCCUCGAAGCUGGGUCAGAAGGCUUCGCAGCUGAAGUCCGUGACGAAGGAGGCCGUGCAAACGACCCGGGAGGCCAUCGCCAAUGAGGCCAAGCUGGUGGCACGGGACAUGGCCGACUUGAAGGACGGCGUCCGCGAAGGCGUCCGCCUCACUGUGCAGGACACGUCCUCGCUCCGGGAGAGGCUCGGGCGCGACACGGACGCCUUGCGCAAGGCAUUUGCGCCUCCGAAACGGGAGGCGACAGCACAGGACGCGAGUGGAGAUCAGUCUGGAGAGGGGCCCGAAGCCGCGAGCUCCAGCGAGGGCCCGGCGGCGUCCGCAGGGCACGAGGACAAGAAGAACCUCACUGACACCACUCGGGAGCUUCUCGGCAAAGUGGGUGGUUUCUUCCAUCGGCCCGAGGAGGCCCCGGAUCGCCAGCACCAGCUGAAAGAGAAGGUGGAGGACCGGCUGGCUUGGGGUACGGGCCUCGAGCUGCCAGAUUGGUGCCAGGAGAAGCUGCCGGGAAUCUACUCCUUCGUCGAGGUGCCGGGAGUCGGCCCGCUACCCGAGGGCUCGGAAGAGAUCGAGGCGAAGAUGUUCGGCCACGUGGUGAUGCUAGCGCUCAAGAGGUUCCACCAGCGGUCAAAGCGCACGUAUCUCAAAGGCCUUCGAGGACUUGGCGUGGUGUUUGAUGACAUCAGGGGCUUCCUCUUCAGCAUGUUCAAGGAAGACGACUUCUACGAGGGCUUUGCAGGGAUGAAGCUGCCGCACCAACAGGACCUCCCCAAGUGGAGGGAACUCCACUGGAAGACCAAAGCGGAACUAGACCAGCUAAAGGAGGCCAGCAAAGCCUUCGUGGCUUUGGAUGCCUUCCUCCGCCCCGGCAGUCGUCGAAACGCCGUUCGUUGCUACAGCCGCUGGGAGACGCACGAUGCAGGCGGCAAGACAGUGCGACACCGCGUGUACGGAGUGCGCCUGCAUCACAGCGCCGUCGAGUUCGACAAAGUCCUGGGCCUGUGGCUGGAGCCGGAGGGCAUUCUGGACAGGCAGGCCACGGGUGCCCUCAGCGCCACGUGGUCGGGCUACUACAUACGUUGCAGGCAGACGUAUUCGGGCUACUACGUACGUUGCAGGCGAAAUAACCGCGAAGAUGGGAACGACCUCCGGCGCGAGGCCCCUGUGGAGGAGGUGGCGGCCCGCUUUGAGACCUGGAGCCACCUCCUGGCUGCCUCACAGAUGGAUCGACCAGAUGCUGCGUGGCUCAAGCCCCAUGUCAAGGAGGCCAUGGCCACCAUGACUGCAGGCCUUGAGAAGGAGACCACGCUCCUUGCAGCCACGGCGUACAACCCCACGCAGAAGACAAGGGACGAGGCGUGCAUGAUGAUCCUACGGAGAGCUGUCAAAGCGAUGCUGGGCGCGUCCCUGCACCUCCCCAGUCUCAGGGACCAGGCUUUCGAGAAAGUUCUGUGGAUGGCAUCGAACCGCAAUGAUGCCGUGCGAGCUGGUGGCCUUCAGCUCCUGGCCGAACUCUUCCCCGCAGAGGAGAGGACGACUCAACUGAUGGAGAUGUCCGGGGCGGACUGGCCGCACAUGCACGCCAUGUCCGAGGUGGUAGCCAGUGCAGGCAAGGGCCCGUCGCCAGUGCCGGCGUCCAUUUCCAGCGAGGUCCCGACCGGGCUCCCCUCCCCACGCCGUCUGGUGGAGCAGAGUCUCCUUGCCAAUCCCUUCAACCUUCCUCGAGAGCGUCCUGAAAGCGCCGGCGCGGACAACCGCUCCAAGUAUCUUCCACCGGAAGACGAUGUGGAAGACGAUGGCAUCCACGUUCUCUUCGACCACACGAACCCUGAAGACGAUUGA